AUGACCAUCGCUCCCCAGAUCUACAAGCCCCAGGCCUUGACUACUGCUCAGAAGGAUCUUAUUAAGGCUUCGGUGCCUAUUCUUGAGUCUAGUGGGUUGGACCUCACCAAGGCUUUUUAUGACUCGAUGCUUAAUGGUAAUCCUGAGGUGCGUCCAUUCUUUAACGAUACCAACCAGAUUACCUAUAGACAGCCUAAGGUGUUGGCGUUUGCAUUGCUUAACUAUGCUAAGAAUAUCGACGACUUGACUCCGUUGACUGAUUUCGUUCAGCAGAUUGUCGUGAAGCACGUUGGUUUACAGGUGAGAGCUGAACACUACCCUGUGGUUGGCAGCCACUUGAUCGCUACCAUGGGUAAGCUUUUGGGUGAAAAAAUCGCUACGCCAGAGUUUGUUGAAGCCUGGUCUACUGCUUACGGUAACUUGGCUCAGCUUUUGAUUGACGCUGAGUUUGCCGAGUACCAGAAACAGCCUUGGGAUGGGUUUAAGGAUUUCGUGGUGACCAGAAUUGAAUCUGAAACUGACGAUGUCAAGUCUGUCUACUUUAAGCCAGCUGAUGGUACCAAGGUUGCCAUGCCAUUGCGUGGUCAGUACCUUGGCUUCCGUUUCUUGAUUCCAGGAAGUGAUGUGGAGAAGUCUAGAGAGUACUCCAUUUCCGAGUACCCUGAGUCUGGCGAGUACCGUAUUUCUGUCAAGAAGUUAGACCAAGGUGUUAUUUCUGGUUACAUUCACGAUACUUUGAAGGUUGGUGACACCAUCAAAGUGGCUCCACCUGCUGGUAGGUUCAUUUACCAGGAAACCGAUAAAGAUGUCGUGCUCUUUGCCGGUGGUAUUGGUAUCACCCCACUCGUUUCUAUUGCCGAAAAAGCCCUUCAGGAUGGUAAGAAGGUGACGCUUCUCUUCUCCAACCAACGUGCUGAGUCUAUUCCUUUCGAGAAGUGGUUCCAGGAGAAGAAGGACGCCAAUGCCAAGUUUGAGUUCAUCAGACUCAACGAUGACGAAGGCAAGAGGCUUUCCCAGGCCCACUUCGAUGCAUUGGACUUGGCCAACUCGGAAGUCUACAUGCUUGGUCCUCUUGGCUACAUGGACUUCGUGAAGGGAGAGUUGACCAAACGUGGCAAGACCGAUAUCCACUCUGAAUUCUUCGGUCCUACCGCUGUUUAA